CUUCAGCUUCAUUUUAUACAGAGACUGCUUUCAAACGUGCCUCAAAUCGAAAUAUUUUUAGACUUUUCUAACAUUUUUACUGAUAUUCACGAUUUACAUAGAAUAUGGCUGGUCUAGUGGCAAAAACCAAAGCUUUAAUAACCACCGCUAAGGCUCAGGCUCGUCCGAUGUUUGAUGAGUUCAUGCGCUAUGCCAAGGUGGAACUGGCGCCGCCGACUCCCGCAGAUUUCAAAGAGCUGCGCGGCGCAGCCGAGAAGGCCAAGAAGGCUAAAGGAGGCCUGGGCAAGAAGACCGUCUCUGAAGCCUGGCUAGGCGCUUUGGUCUCUUUCGAGGUGAUCAGCUGGUUCUUCAUGGGCGAAGUCAUUGGACGUCGUCACUUUGUUGGCUACAAAGUCUAAGAGAGAUGAAACUACAGCAAGCCAUCGUAUUCCAUUAAUUUGAUACACUCCACACAUAUAUAUUUCAAUUGUCUCAAGCAUUGAAUAAAACUGCAGCAUUCACGGAUCA